UCUCUACUCUCUCUCAGUCUUCUGACUCUUCUCCUCUAUCCGAAAGCUUUCAAAUUUUCCGACAUGGUAAUACCAGCAACAACAACACCACCUUUCGCUGCGCCCAAUUCGCUAACUUGCGCACUAGGCCCACCAUGGAAAGGCCUCACUGGAAGUCUGGGAUCACCUUCAAGCUUGCUAUGGUCAAAGAAACAGAGACAAUGCAAAAGGAAAGGUGGUUCAAGUAGUAUCUGUGCCAAAUUUGAGCUGAAGCCUCCUCCAUAUCCACUGGAUGCGCUGGAGCCGCAUAUGAGCAAGGAGACUCUGGAGUAUCACUGGGGGAAGCACCAUAGGGGUUAUGUGGAUAACCUAAACAAGCAAAUCGAAGGAACCGAGCUAGAUGAAUUGUCGUUGGAAGAUAUUAUACUUGCUACACACAACAACGGAGAUUUACUUCCACCUUUCAACAAUGCUGCACAGAUCUGGAACCAUGACUUCUUCUGGGAGUCCAUGAAACCAGGUGGUGGAGGAAGGCCAUCCGGGGAACUUCUAGAACUAAUUAAUAGAGAUUUUGGUUCUUUUGAGAGAUUCAUUGAUGAUAUAAGGUUGGCUGCGGCUACACAGUUUGGUUCUGGUUGGGCUUGGCUUGCAUAUAAAGCAAAUAGACUUGAUGUUGAAAAUGCAGUAAAUCCUAAUCCAACGGACGAAGACAAAAGGCUUGUAGUGGUGAAGAGUCCUAAUUCAGUAAACCCCCUUAUAUGGGAUUAUUCUCCGCUCCUUACCAUCGAUGUUUGGGAGCAUGCUUACUACCUCGAUGUUCAGAACCGGCGAGCUGAUUACAUAUCAAUCUUUUUGGAGAAACUUGUUUCAUGGGAAGCAGUCAGUUCUAGACUUGAAAUUGCAAAGGCUCGAGCAGUUGAAAGAGAGGAAGAAGAGGAAAGGAGGAAAAGAGAAGAAGAGGAGAAAUCAUCAGAUGGCGAAGUUGCAGAGAUUUAUGUGGACAACAAGAGCGAUGACUCGGAGGCUGAAUGAAUUCAGUUUAUUUCACCAUGAGAAAACUGAUAACAAUUUUGAGUUGGUUGCCUUCUGUUUUGCUGCGACUGUGAUAGAGUUUAGUUAGGCGGCAUGUACUAAUAUCGUGCAAACAAAGGCAGAUCAAAAAACAAGAGCUUGUACUAUUUCCUUAUUGCUCAUGUACACAUGUAAUGUUCUUAAUAUACAAACGGUAUUAGCUGUACAC